AUGGCUCCGAAAGCACAAGAGCGUGAUAUUACCAUCUUCUUCAAGAAAUACAAAACCACAGUUAUCCUCUCGUUAUCCCCCCAAGAUUCCAUCUCAUCAGCCAAGAACCAGCUUCUACAGGCCUUAAAAUUGAGCGGAAAUAAUCUUGACCAAAUACCUGAUGAUCAUGAGAAUAUCCAAUUUGGUAUCCCCGUGGACCCAGCCGACCUUUCAGAAGGAUGGAAGCCUCUCCAACUGAACCACCCUCCUCAAACAGACUUAUCCAAAAAAGCUGCAAGGAAUGUCGACACUCUGACUACAUGCCAACUCAAGGACGGAUCCAAACUUGCAUACCGUUUCCUUACACUAGGCGAAGAUGAACCUGACUGGGAUGUGGUGAUUCAUAAAUUCGACCAAGAGGAGGAGGAGGAAGAGGAGGAAGAGGAAGAAGAAUAG